AUGGGCAAUGCGUUAUAUACAGACCAGGGAGUCUGCUAUGACACAGUGGAAUAUUGCAAAUCCAUGUGCCCAAAUGGUGAGUGUGUAUACGCCGACAAAUGUAAUGGAGCCGAGAGGAAAUACACAUGUCUACCUUUUGAUUUCCGAUUCGUUACGUGGCUGAUGUUCGGCUGCUUCGUGAUCGUUUUGUUGGUAUGUUCAUCAUUGGUCGCCUGCUAUGUCUGUCGAGCUAUUCGGGCUUCUUUACGAUGGCAAACCGCCCACACUCCACAUCAUGAAGUCGUGUUCAACAAUCCCGGACGUAUACAUCAUAUCGAAAUGGACAGCGGUCGUCAUAAAAUCGUACCGACUCAGCGGCGUUGA